GCGCGCAUGUGUGUGAGUGUGUGUGUGUGUGAGUGUGUGUGUGUGCGCGCGCGCGCGCGCUGCAGGGGAAGUUAACAGGAAGUCACACACAGAUGAAGCCGAAGAGAAACACCACAGAGAAAAGUUGAAUGUCUACAAAAAGAUGUUUUUAUCUUCUUUUCUGAGUUUUGUGUGGAUUUGCUCGGGAUCUGCGUCCACACUUCCUCACCAGAUCGAGUGCAUGGUGGUGAAUAUGGAGUAUGUGAUCUGCACAUGGGACAAAGAUGGAACCCUGGCGGAGAACUACACCUUUAUGAGCAGUUACAAGAACCCGGACGAUCCUGCAGAGUGUUCCUCCUAUCAGUACUCCAGGGAGGUUCGUGUCGGCUGUGUGGUUCCGUACAGUGAGAAGGAGCUGCAGAGAUUCAAGGACUUUUAUGCCUGGUUAUACAGAGACAACCUCAUCAUCGCAAAACAAGAAUACAAACCACUGUUAAACAGGGAGAUCGAGUGCACUGUGGUGAAUCUGGAGUACAUGAUCUGCACAUGGGACAAAGAUGACAAAGAUGGAACCCUGGCGGAGAACUACACCUUUAAGAGCUGUUACAAGAACCCGGACGAUCCUGCAGAGUGUUCCUCCUAUCAGUACUCCAGGGAGGUUCGUGUCGGCUGUGUGGUUCCGUACAGUGAGAAGGAGCUGCAGAGAUUCAAGGACUUUUAUGCCUGGUUAUACAGAGACAACCUCAUCAUCGCAAAACAAGAAUACAAACCACUGUUAAACAGGGUGAAGUUGAAUGCUCCGAACAACGUGUCGUUGUUGUUGAGUGAGACGGAGCUGUGGAUUUACUGGAACGUUACCAGUAACACUAAAGAUCACUGUCAGGAGCGUGAAGUUCGCUACAGGAUCAACGGCAACAACUGGAGUAUUUACAGCAAGACCAUGGGGAACACGUUUAACGUGCCGUUUCCUAACGCUCGGAGUCUGUACGAGUUCCAGGUGAGAGUGCGCAUGUCCUCGACCUGUGGAGAGUCUGACCUGUGGAGCGAAUGGAGCGAGCCGGUGUUCUGGGGCUCCAUGAAGAAGAUUAAUGAUACAGAGACGAGACAGCAGAUGUCUGUGGGGCUGAUGGUCCUCUGCACGGUCGGAGCUGCCAUCGUCCUCAUCAUGCUCACCUGUCUGCUCAUCCACAGCGAGAGACUCAGAGUCAUCCUGGUUCCUGUUGUACCAAGUCCCAAAAAUCUCAGAGAUCUUAUUGACAGCUACGACGGAAACGUAGAGAAGUGGCUGCACAUCUCCAAAGAGCUGCAGGACGGAUUUAAGCCCAACUUCAGCGAGCGACCCUGCAUAGUGCGAGAGUUCAGGACGGAGACUCACAGCGAGUCGGAGAGUGACGACUGUCUCUCGGUGCACACGGCCGUCUCGUCUGAUUAUCAGUCCAUGCAGAGCUACUCGUCCACCUCCACACUGCCCUCUCCCACUGAGACCCCCAGCACCGAAACCACGCCUCUCAACAGGCUGUAAAACCACCACGCCGAGGAGACAAACCGCACCUUAGUUUAAAAUGUAGCUUACAGAAGUCAACAUCUGGAUGUAAAAAGUCAAUCAAAUGAAAUAUACUAUUAAUUAUACUAUUAAUAACUAGGACUGUUAAACAAUCUAGAAUGAAAAUGGUUAAGAAGAAAAUGUUUCACUGAUUCAGUGUAAAUGUUUAGCGCUGACAGAUUAAAUAUAUAUAUAUAUAUAUAUAUAGUCUUCCAAAAGUUUUGAUUCAGUUACAUGCAUAACAGCAGAAGUGUUAAAAGUGUGUGUUUACAAAAAAAAAGUGUUAAUUUCCCCUGUAUGACAACCGCAUAUGAAUAUAUUGUAUGUAUGUGAAUAUCUGAACACAGAAAUGUAUAAUCAAAUUGUAUUUUAUCUUCAGACCAUUUCUGCUAUGUAACAUGGCGUUAUGAAUAAUGCUGCUGUUUGUGAGGAGCUGCUGCUAGCAGAAAUGCAGUGAGCGUGUAUCCACUGUGUGUGUGUGUGUGUUGUGUGUGUGUUAUAUAUGACUAUAUGCUUCAAACGUAUAUACCUUUACUAAACUGCAGAAUAAACAAUGUUAGCUGAUGUAUGAAAGCGAAAAAAACCCAACAAUUUAUUUUUAUACGUUUUUUUCCAUAAUAUUUUUGCUUUGUGUGUGUGUGACUUGUACAAUGCAUAAUGUGUGAUUUAUACAGUCUUAAUAAAAUAAAAAAAUAAAAUAAAAACCUUUCGGUGGUUUUGAGUCAUCCAGCCAAAUAAAUAAUGAAACUGUU